UUCGGAAAUGGUGAAACCAUGAGAGAGAAGAGAUCUGUUUUUAAAGAUUACUAACUCUACCAAGGAACCCAACUGACCAGCAAGAUGAGCCUUCGAAAACUAGGCUUUAAGUGGUUCGGGAGUCUGGGCAACAUCUCCUUCAGACGCUCCUCCUCCAGCUCUGAGAAGUCUUCAGAGAACCUGCGGCACCAUGGGAGCCUGCCUGAGGAAGGCAGCUUUAACAAGACCGUGGAUGACAUGGACAGCUGUGCCCGGGGCAAGACUUAUGCCCGGUCCUGUGACAUGUACAGUCACACUGGCACCAUGCCACGCAAGGACAAGUCCUCCAAGGGCUCCCGAAAGUUGAAGGGCAAAGCUGAGCUCAGUCGAAAACAGAGCCAGAGGACCAACCCUGAUUCCGUGGCUGAGUCCCCUUUAUUAAGUGCCAUGUCUGGCGCAACCCAGGACAAGCCAAAAUCACCAGCCAAUCAAAGUAAAGAAUCACCACCGGCACCUGAGAAUUCAAAAGAGUCUGCUUCACCAAAGACAGCAGAAAAAUCAGUAGCUAACUCUAACGUGGAAUCUCAGUUGUCAAAUCUUGCUGAAGAAUCACAAGAUAAACCACAUACAGACCACCAAGGAAAACCAGCUUUACCCAACAGAAAUAAAUCUAUGUCCCAGCUCAGAUCUAGCCAGCCCAGCACCCCAACCUCUAAACCGCAGUUGACUGUAUCCCCCUAUUGCCCCACAGAAACACCAGCUGCACCACAGAAACAGUCUGCCCCAGCAGAGAAACAGCCUGCAGUGGCAACGCCUGAAGAAUCUGACAUAGAGACUGACUCAAGUGUCAAUCUGGAGCAAACUGAAGCAGGGGACAAACAAGCCACACCAAUAAGUAUAGAGGAGGCUGGUGAGGAGAUGUUAGAAUCAAAUCAGAGCCACUUGGACAAUAUGGAUUCCAGAGGCGAGUAUGUGAAGUUCUCGAAGGAGAAGUACCUGAUCGACUCGCCCCCUGAGAAGCUACGUCGUGAGCUGGAGGAGGAACUCAAGCUGAGCAGCAGCGACCCACGCAGCCAUGGCUGGUACCAUGGGCGCAUCCCCAGAGAGGUUUCAGAGACUCUGGUCGUUCGCAAUGGAGACUUCCUGGUCCGAGACUCCCUCACCAGCGUGGGGGACUACGUGCUGACGAGCCGCUGGAACCAGGAGGCGCUGCACUUCAAGAUCAGCAAGGUGCUGGUGAAGACGAGCGACUCGUCCUCCCGGGUGCAGUACCUGCUGGAGCAUGAGAGCUUUGAUACCGUGCCCGCCCUUGUGCUGUUCUACACAGGCAACCGGCGGCCGCUCUCCCAGCAGGGCGGCGCUCACAUCCAAUUCCCCAUCAACCGCACCCUGCCUCUGCGCUACCUGGAGGCCAGCUUCUCCCUGGUCAAUGGCAAGCACGGCCUCUGCCACUCCCCAGCCAAUCAGAGGGGGGCGUACAUCAAGAGGCGGAGUGUCACCAUGACAGACGGGCUGACGACAGAGAAAUUACCACACAGCCCUUCCGUCCCUCACCACAAGGAGGCGAUCCGGAACUGCGCUCUCAGCAUGGAUCAGAUCCAGGACUACCGCUGCCCAAUGUCUCCAGUCAGUGAGGCGUCGCUCUCCCCUGCCUACAGCACCAUUAACCGACACAAGAGCCCAGCAGUGGGGCGGGUAGUGGGCAUGGUGCCUAGUUCCCCAGUGAUGCGUCGCUCCAGUGAACCGCAGCUCUGCCCGUCCUCCAACAACAACGUGCCCUGCCCUGAGAUUCCACCCAGCACCCACUCCACCCCCGCCCAUGGGUACAGCCAACCCCCUGGCCCCACCAUGCCAGUCCCACUGUCCGCCAAGAGCUAUGUCGAGCAUCUGCAAGUGGAGGAGGUGGGCAGGUGGCUGGGGGGCGGGUCUGUGGAGGAGAGAUUCACUGUGCCUAUGGUUGAAACAGUCUCCGCGUUCCAGCCCAACGCUUACCCCUCCCUGCUGAUGCCCGCUGAGAACAAGCCUCUGGAGAUGGGCGUGCUCAAGAGGGUGAAGGAGCUGCUAGCCGAAGUGGACGCCAAGACCACUGCCAAGCACCUCACCCAGGCCGACUGCACGGUUGCUAGAAUCCUGGGUGUCACCAAGGAGAUGCAGAAGAUGAUGGGGGUCAGCUCAGGGCUGGAGUUACUGACCCUCCCCCAUGGGAGACAGCUGAGACUGGACCUGCUGGAGAGGUUCCACACCAUGUCGAUCAUGAUUGCGGUGGAUCUGCUUGGCUGCACUGGCAGUACAGAGGAACGUGCUGCCCUGCUACACAAGACCAUCCAGCUGGCAGCUGAGCUCAAGAGCAACCUGGGCAACAUGUUCGGCUUCGCUGCUGUGAUGAAGGCCCUAGAGCUGCCACAGAUCUCUCGGCUGGAGCAGACCUGGAUGACACUCCGCCAGAGACACACAGAAGGCGCCAUUCUCUAUGAGAAAAAACUCAAGCCUUUUAUGAAGAGCAUGAAUGACGGCAAAGAAAGCUGCCCUCUCUCGAACACCUCCUUCCCUCACAUGAUUCCUCUGCUGUCUCUGCUGGAGAGGGGCGUGGCCGUGGUGGAGGGAGCAGAGUCCUGGGAGAGUAUCGACGCCGGAGUGGACGUGGUGAUGAACCACCUGGAGGCGGCUCGAACCAUCGCCCACCACGGGGGGAUCUACCACACCAACGCAGAGACCAAACUGCAAGGGUUCCAGGCGCGAGCGGAAGUGCUGGAGGUUUUCUGCACAGAGUUUCAGAUGCGCUUGCUGUGGGGGAGCAGGGGGGUCGAGGGCAGCCAGGGAGAGCGCUAUGAGAAAUUCGACAAGGUCCUGACAGCGCUGUCUAACAAGCUGGAGCCUCCUGUGAGACACAGCGAGUUAUAGCACCCCCUGCAGGGACUGUGCACUGGACAAGGAGGCAGCACUCCUGGACCUAGGGGGCGUGCGGACCUGCGAAGGGGUUUCAUGAAGACUAACACCCCCCCCAAAAACCAGCUGCAGUAGCUGAUAUAUACCACAGUGUGUUUCACUUUCAAAUGGACAGCUUUGAUACAAGGAAACUGAACAGAAACACUUUUCAUUCAAAAGGAAUCUUAGCUGAUGUUGUAUCCAGGGGGUUUGAUUGUUGUCAUGACAACACUCAGUAUGCAAGGCCUUCUCAAGAUGGCUACACACAGAGCUGGCAUGAUGAUAUCAUUACAGCAAAUGGAGACACCCUUACAAAAAAUGUACUACUCUGUACUGUUGAGGAGAAUUCAUUUUAAAGAAUAUUAAAAAUCACAAUAUACUUUAAGAAUCAAAGAUUAUAAAUUCAAAAAUGCCAAAAAAUGUGAGGACCGCCAUUUCAGUUUCUGAACUGCAGAAAAAUGUCAUCAUACCACUUGAUGUGUAUUUUCUACUUGUAUUGCCUGCAAAAAUACAUUUAGAAAUAAAUACUAAAAGGAACUUAAAUUAUAAAUUCCUCAAAAUGUUUUGCGUUUCCAUUUAUAUUUCUAAAUUUAGCACUCUUCAGUGUUUCAUAGUCAUGAAUGAAAUAACAGCCUCACGUUUCUUAAUGCAUUUUUGAAAUUACAAAUAUAUAGCGACAUUCAUUACAAUAUUGUAUUACUAAAGACAGCAGUGACCGAGUUAGAAGUACCGAGUUUAUCAAGUAGAAUGGUACUUCUAAGUUCUACAGCAUUUACUGAUUGAGGGUGAAACCAACUUUUAAAUGAUUUAGUUGCUGUAGCUAAGUAGUAAACAUUAAGUAAUAUACAAGUAGUUUAAGUAGUGCUUAAAUAGAUCAAGUCUGCUAAUACUACUGGGUACAGUGAUUGAGCAGUACUUUGGGUAAGGGUGUAUCGAGAAAUGAGUCCAGCCUCUGUUGUAUCUUUUAGAAAGAUUUUAAUAAAAGGUGUUUAUUUUUCCCAGACAGAGUGAUAACAUGAGAACAGGGGUGACGUGCCUCCUUGGCUUUCUGUCUGUGUAAAGUUAUUUGUACAGUGAUGCUGUAUUGUUUUUAUAAGUCUGGGUAUCUGAUCAAAUCUAGCUGGGAUUGCUUUUGUUAGCUUUCUCUUUUCUGAAUGUGAAUUGUUAUUAUUAUGUUUAAGAGUUAUACUGGGGCACUUUGAUUUCCUAUACGAAUUGCAAUUGAUUGAUUGACUUCCUGGAGACAGCAUUUUGUGUGCAAAAGGGGCUUUUUCUUUUCAAAAGUGACUUUUGUCUUUUCUUUUUAAUGAGUCAAGUAGCCAAAUGCUUCAACUAAUGCUAUUUUCAAACACCAGAGGGUGUAUUCUCUAUAAAAGGGAAAGUUGGCUUGCCACGUUCUAUUUCAGUUUCAGCUAACAUUAUUGCAGACGCAGUAGGUUCUUAAACAAAACGCAGAUAUGCCAACACAUUCCACAAUAUGCUGUAGCUCUCUCUCCUUCCACUAGGGGUGAUAUCGAGCCAUGCUUGAGGAAGCAGGUUCGUCUAUAAACACAGUGAUUUGAGGAAUGAACUGCUGAGCAUCUCUUUCAGUGAUGCAUGCGAGUGGAUCCUCUGCAUAUAGUGUCUGCUUUAUAAUGUAUGAACUGAAUCAAAAUGAAGAAUGAACUGCUACUGCAAGUGUUGCUGGUUUAGUUACUAUAUAUUCCCAACUGUAGUGUUUUACACAUUUCAACAAAGUCAACAUAAUACCUUCACACCCUUCAAUCACUUCUCACUGUGCUCAAAGACCGCCGCUGAUGGAUAUCACCAUUGCCUACUGGGAGGGUCCAUUGCCAACAACAACAUCAUUUCCUUUUUGUAUAAAGCGUUCUUUGCCUCACUUCCUGUUGUACAGAAUUCUGUGUUAUUUCCUGUUGUACAUAGUCAUUUUUACAUCAUUUCCUACUUGUAAAAAAAAACCAAAAACAUGAUUGCAUAAUUUUCUUAUGUACAUAUGUCAUUGUUUCCUCUUUUUUUGCUAAGAGAUAUAGAAUCUAGUAAGCUUGUGUUCAUGUGGGUCUUGGCUGUUGUUUUUUUUUUGCUUGUUUGGUUUCCCAUGUUAAUCUUGUUAACCAUGUUGGGCCGGGAGCGCUAGAGCAGCAGUUUUAUUCGAGACAUGGUAGCAAAACAUAUACAAGC